CGCCCUCAUCACCUGCGCAGUUGUCCUUUGCGCAUGUGUGAGCGAACACCUGUGCGCUACUUAUAAUCAAGUAAUUGCUGCGGAUAGCGUUUGAACAGAGCGCAGAGCGUGUGUGUCAGCCUGUAUUACAGAAGUAUAAGUGAACACAACAGAAGGAGAGGUUUAAUAACGCGCUGAAACGGUAUAAUUACGCACAAAUGGAUCCUCGGAGCAGCAGAGAGGACCCGAGCCCCUCAGAUCACUAUGUGGUUUCAGGCCCCUCUGAGGAGCCCCCAGCCCGAGGAGGAGGUGGCUCGGGAGGGGGAGGCCUGUACCUGGACGCCUACGAAGUGUCUUUCCCUUUGGAUGAUGGUGUGCAGCGACCUCACGCCUAUCACAUCAACCAUGGCCCAAGAAUGGUCGAUGAGGGGGUCCAGGAGCCCCCACCCUCCCCCUACAGCCCCUUCAUCCUGGUGUCAAACCUGCGCGCUCACCUGUACGUGGCUCUGGAGAAGAACGCCUGGCUCCAGAAACGCAUCGAGGAGCUGGAGGAGGAGAGGAACUUUCUACGCUGUCAGCUCGACCGUUUCAUCGUCAGCAUGAGGGCUCAGGACGACUGGAGCAUGGACCCCCAGCGCGGUGUGAAGGUGCAGCCCGACAGCUCUCCGUCUCCUCCCUCUCCGAUGACCACUCGAUCGGGCAUGACUCUGAAGAGGCUGCAGGGAGGGGCCAGGAUACGCCACCGUGCCUCUGCUAUACCCGUGAAGCAGGAGUACCACCUGGAGGAGGAGAAAUUCUACACUGAGGAUGAGUUUGUGGAGGAGGCCGAGGAAGAGGAGGAGGACUCUUCAGUGGAGAAAGGAUCGAAGAAGAGCCGAGGGCGAGCGAGCGGAGAGCCACGGAUGAAGAUGAGACGCAUCUUCAGGAUCACACACGGCCGGGAGAGGCAGAGAGUGAAGGACCCAGAUGGCGUAUUGAUCCGAUAUAAGAAGAUCCUGACCACAUAUCAGAGAGUGAGGAGCAUGUCCAGAGCCUUUCAGAUCCACGGUGUCGACAGGAACACGAUGGCCUCCACCUCCCCCAUCGCUGAGCUGCUGCUGGUCGCCCCGGAGAAGGUGGCAGAGGUGGGAGAGUUUGAGGCAUCAAAGGAGAAGCUUUUGGAUUACGCUCGACGCUGUUACAAAACGAUGGACGAAGACACUCACUCCAAAGUCCAGACCAUGAAGAAGACUCACAAGCUGCUGCCCAUAUCCUACAGGUUCAGACACUGACUGCUGCAGAGAGGAGACGCAUAGUCCUACGUGCAUUAUGUUUACUGCAGUUUCAUGUACUUUCUUUGAGCCAAUGGUCUAUGUAUGUAUGAUUUUGACUGUCUGAAACUGAAAUUGCCAAGAUAAGCACUUGUAUUACUUACACCUUUAUUUAAGCACAGACUUGGGGGGCGGGGGGGAAGAGUUAAUGUAUAUUUUAUAAGUUUUUCAUGUUAAUGUUAUGGAUAUACUCAAGUCAUGUUUUGUUAAGUUAUUAACAUGAAAUAUUUUUGGUUUGUUUUGACGAUUAAAAGCUGC